AUCUAGCUCCGCCCCUACGCCCCUUCCGCUCCUUGGCCGCGGCCAAAUGUUCUACUCUUCCGCUUCCGGCGCAGUUUGUGGUGGGGUUCUGCAGCGCCAUGGCUGCCGGUGGCGUGGAUCCGCGAGCUGGCGACGUCGAGGAGGAUGCCUCACAGCUCAUCUUUCCCAAAGAGUUUGAAACAGCUGAGACACUUCUCAAUUCCGAAGUGCACAUGCUGCUAGAGCACCGCAAGCAGCAGAACGAGAGCGCAGAGGACGAGCAGGAGCUCUCCGAGGUCUUCAUGAAGACUCUCACUUACACUGCCCGGUUUAGUCGUUUCAAAAACAGAGAGACCAUCGCCAGUGUCCGAAGCUUGCUGCUCCAGAAGAAGCUGCAUAAGUUUGAGUUGGCCUGUCUGGCCAACCUCUGUCCAGAGACUGCGGAGGAGUCCAAGGCCCUGAUCCCGAGCCUGGAGGGACGGUUUGAGGAUGAGGAGCUGCAACAGAUCCUCGAUGAUAUCCAGACAAAGCGCAGCUUUCAGUAUUAAUCUCCGGACUUCCUGCAGCUCUUGGGAGCCACCUGCUCUCCCUGGGGCCGCCUGGCACAGAAAUGUCACUGCGUUCCCUCUGAAGAGCACAGCCCAGCUUGCUGUUGGUCCAGCUUGCUGUUCACAUGGGACUCUUAGGCCCGGAUGAACACAGCUACUUGGAAUGGCCUUUUCGUGGUUCCCUGAGCCAGGAAAGGGAGUAGGGGUGAAGCAGACAGAGGUGUCAACUAGCCUCAUGCUGUGGUUUUGGGCUCUCAUGUCUUUGUAUUCCUGAUGUUUUCAUAUUUUGAUUUGAAUGUGUUGAUAGGUUUUGGAAGUAGACUAGGACAUAGGAAACUUACAUAGCGGGGAAAACAGUCUUAAGUGUGAGAGGAAGAAUUAAACCAGGCAGGUGUUCCCUGAAAUUCUUGCGGGAUGGAUCAGAGUCUUAACAGCUGUGAGUGUUGGCGUCCUUGUGCCUAGUCCAGGGGCUGGGGAGGGUGUGCUCCACGGGAGGCUGGGGGAGACACUGUGUUGAGCUCCGUGGGACCCUCAGUCAUGAGAGGUGGAGAUGCCUAACCUCGCUCCCCAAGCUGUUUUGCUGAUGGAACAUGGAGGAUGCAGUUCUGAGGUUUUCCUUCAUAGCCAGACUGGAAGGUCGCAAGAUGGGACGUUGACCACGGGCAUCUA